UUCUCUUUCUCUCCUCCCUUAACCAUCAGUUUCCUUCUGCUCUCUCUUCCCUAAGUUUCCUCUCUCUCUAGAUUUAUAGAGAGAGAAAAGCCUCUAUCCUUCAUCUCCCUAUCUCCUUCACUUCAUAAACCCCAUUACCAUAACAUUCUAGAGAGAGAAAAUCCGCCAUUGUUUCACUCUAAGAGAGAGAGAGAAGGAAAAUGGAUGGUGUUUCACCGAAGUUUGUGUUACCGGAGACAUUCGACGGCGUGAGGAUGGAGAUCACAGGCCAGCUAGGCAUGAUCUGGGAGCUUGUCAAAGCACCAGUCAUUGUCCCUCUUCUUCAGCUAGCGGUUUACAUCUGCUUGCUCAUGUCUGUCAUGCUGUUAUGCGAGAGGGUUUACAUGGGAAUAGUCAUCGUCCUCGUCAAGCUCUUCUGGAAAAAACCAGACAAACGCUACAAGUUCGUGCCCAUUCAAGAUGAUGAAGAGCUUGGUAGCUCUAAUUUCCCAGUGGUCCUCGUCCAAAUCCCCAUGUUCAACGAACGAGAGGUAUACAAGCUAUCAAUAGGAGCGGCGAGUGGACUAUCGUGGCCGUCCGAUCGUCUCGUGAUUCAAGUCUUGGACGACUCAACAGAUCCUACUGUUAAGCAAAUGGUGGAGAUGGAAUGCCAAAGAUGGGCAAGUAAAGGAAUCAAUAUAAGGUAUCAAAUCAGAGAGAACAGAGUUGGUUACAAGGCUGGUGCGUUGAAGGAAGGUCUCAAACGCAGUUAUGUCAAACAUUGCGAGUAUGUUGUCAUCUUCGACGCUGAUUUUCAGCCCGAACCGGAUUUUCUUCGCCGUAGCAUUCCAUUCCUCGUCCACAAUCCCAACAUUGCACUCGUCCAGGCUCGGUGGAGAUUUGUAAAUUCCGAUGAAUGCUUGUUGACGAGGAUGCAAGAAAUGUCGUUGGACUAUCAUUUCACUGUUGAGCAAGAAGUCGGUUCAGCAACACAUGCUUUCUUCGGUUUCAACGGGACCGCUGGAAUAUGGAGGAUAGCGGCCAUAAAUGAAGCAGGCGGAUGGAAAGAUAGGACCACCGUGGAAGAUAUGGACCUCGCCGUCCGAGCAAGUCUCCGUGGCUGGAAAUUUCUCUACCUCGGUGACCUUCAGGUGAAAAGUGAGCUACCAAGUACUUUUAGAGCCUUCCGUUUCCAGCAACAUAGAUGGUCUUGUGGACCUGCAAAUCUCUUUAGGAAAAUGGUCAUGGAGAUUGUCAGAAACAAGAAAGUGAGAUUCUGGAAGAAAGUGUAUGUGAUUUACAGCUUCUUCUUUGUGAGGAAAGUCAUUGCACAUUGGGUCACAUUUUGUUUUUACUGCGUUGUUCUUCCUCUCACCAUUCUUGUCCCUGAAGUUAAAGUUCCCAUCUGGGGUUCAGUUUAUAUACCUUCCAUCAUCACUAUUCUAAACUCUGUCGGCACUCCCAGGUCGAUUCAUCUGCUGUUCUAUUGGAUCCUAUUCGAGAAUGUGAUGUCGCUGCACCGGACAAAAGCCACUCUCAUUGGUCUGUUUGAGGCAGGUAGAGCUAACGAAUGGGUCGUGACAGCUAAACUUGGAAGCGGUCAAAGCGCUAAAGGGAAUACAAAAGGGCUUAAAAAGUUCCCAAGAAUCUUCAAAUUGCCUGAUCGAUUGAAUACGUUGGAGCUUGGAUUCGCGGCGUUCUUGUUCGUGUGUGGAUGCUAUGACUUUGUGCACGGGAAGAACAAUUACUUCAUCUACUUGUUUCUUCAGACAAUGUCCUUCUUCAUCAGUGGGCUUGGCUGGAUUGGGACUUAUGUUCCGAGUUAGUAGUUGCGUUUCAGGGGAGAGGGAAAAAAAAGUUAUUAAAUUUCAGCAAAAAUAAAUACAACUUUCAUGGGAAAUCACAAGGAAAAUGGUUUGAGAAGAAGAUAGAGACGUCCGUAGCAAGUAGGAAGAAAAGGAAGCUACUUCUAUCAAAAAGAAGGAAAAGAGGAGACAGGCUCGAAGGGUUCUUUUUAUUUAUCAUUUUACUGCUUUUUUGAAAAAAAAAUAUUUAGCGAUGGGAUUUGUUAUUCAGUAAUUGUGAGAUUUCAAUUUUUUUCCUUUUGAUUUUUUUUUUUUGUUUUUCUAUAAAGUGAGAUUUUGUAUUAUUUUUUUAAGAAGAUUAUGUGUGAGUUCAAAAAUGUUCAAUUA